AAAACCAAGAAUAUAGGCUAGGUUUUAAGUUAGCAAUCGAAGGGCAAAGAUGGGAUUCCAACUUUACUCAUCCAACGGCCAGAAAUCCAUCCCAAGAUCCAAGACAACAACAAUCUCUAUAUUAAUAACCGCACCCAAUCACCCAGAUUCCCAUCGCAAAGAAAUCAAAAAUCUCACGCGCCAAAAGUAACAGAAUCGCAGGCACCACAAAUGGAAAUCUUUUCCGGCAAAGCAACAAGCCUCAUCCUCCUCCUUCUCGUCCUCACUGCAUCCACCGUCACCACCGCUGACUUAACCUCCCAAGAACUCGAUGCUGCCCUAUUCGCCCUCCGGUCAAGUGGUUACACCCUCUUCCCCAACGCCAUCACCACAUCCGAUCUCCUCCUUCGCCUCCUAUCAUCCCAAAACUCUUCUUCUUUCACUCUCUUUGCACCCACUGACUCCCUCCUCUUCUCCCUAGACCUCCUCUCCUCCUCCCGCCUCUACACCUUUUCCCUCCUCCUCCACGCGUCACCACAUUUCCUCUCCAUGUCAGACCUCCUUUCCCUCCCGCGCCCGAACUACAUCGAAACCCUCCUCCCUAACCGCCAACUCUUCGUAGAAAAUACUCUGGUAUCCCACAACGGCACUUUCUUGCUAUCCGUUACCGUCGAUGGGGUCCGCGUCUCGGUCCCGGAUCUUUUCCUCGGGUCAAACAUUGCUGUCCAUGGACUUGAUGGGAUUCUUGUUGCAAGAUACGGGUCCAGGGUUGGUGAUGGUACUGGUUUUGCUGAGGCACCGAAGGGUUGGUGUGAAAGAGAAACGUGCAUUUCGCCGGCUAAUCCUCCGGAUAUUUGGCCACCAAUGGGGAGUGGAGCGCCGGAGAUGGUAACAGGCCAUACUGGAAUCAAGAAAGAUGGAGGGUCUGAUCAUGAUGAUGAUAGUGACACUACCAAGGGAUCUAGACAUGGUAUAUUUUUCCGAUUUAAACGCCUUUUCACUCCGUGAAUUUCCUUUCUAUCUGGUUCUAUAUAAACCUAGGAAGUUACAUUUUUCAUUUCUUUGAUGUCAAGAAUAGUUUUUUAAUCAAAAAAAAGAUUUUUUUUUUUUUGGGUGGUGGGUGUUUUAACUCUUU